AUGAUUCCCAUUCCUAUUGCAUGAAAAACCUAUUUCUUUGGGUCAUCCAUUAACAAACAACAAAAGAUGUGGAAGUUGAAGAUAGCAGAAGGUAACGAUCCUUAUUUGUUUACCACCAACAACUUUGUUGGUCGCCAAGUUUGGAAGUUUGACCCCGAUGCUGGAACUCCAGAAGAACGACAAGAGGUCGAAAACGCACGUCAAAAUUUCCUAGAACGGAAAAAAGAAGGUUUCCGAACAACAUGUGAUUCGCUUAUGCGUAUACAGUUGAUUAGGGAGAACGGAAUAGAUGUAUCGAGUAUACCACCAGCAAGGUUAGGAGAGAAUGAGACCGUGAACUAUGAAGCUGUGAUAACCGCAACAAGAAAAGCCGUUAGGCUAAUCCGUGCUAUCCAAGCAAAAGAUGGUCACUGGGCUACUGAACAUGCUGGCCCUUUGUUCUUCACUCCUCCCCUUAUUAUUAUCUUGUACAUAAGUGGAGCCAUAGAUACACAUUUAACAAAGGAGCACAAGAAAGAGAUGAAACGUUUUAUCUACAAUCAUCAAAGUGAAGAUGGAGGGUGGGGAUUUCAUAUCGAAGGACAUAGCACCAUGUUUGUGACGGUGUUGAGCUACAUAUCCCUACGACUACUAGGUGAAGAAAAAGACGACGAAAAUGUGGCACUCACUCGAGCUAGAAAGUGGAUACUCAACCAUGGUGGUGCAACUCACCUACCCUCUUGGGGCAAACUUUAUCUCUCGGUACUUGGUGUGUAUGAAUGGGAAGGAUGCAACCCAAUUCCACCAGAAUUUUGGAUUUUCCCAGAAGCUCUACCCUUUCAUCCAGCGAAAAUGUGGUGCUAUUGUCGAACGGCCUAUAUGCCAAUGUCAUACUUAUACGGAAGAAAAUUCCAUGGCCCGAUCACUGAUCUUGUUCUUCAACUUCGUCAAGAGAUUUAUCUUACCCCAUACGACGAGAUAAACUGGAAUAAACAACGCCAUACAUGUUGCAAGGAAGAUUUGUAUUACCCUCAUUCAGUAAUCCAAGAUUUAUUGUGGGAUGGUCUUCAUUACUUGAGUGAACCACUUUUUAAGUACUGGCCGUUUACCAAACUAAGAGAAAUAGCCCUCAAAAGAACAAUUGAAUUGACACGUUAUAACGCGGAAGAGAGCAGGUACAUUACCAUGGCAAGCAUCGAAAAGGGAUUUCAAAUGAUGUGUUGGUGGGCGGAGAACCCGGAUGGGGAUGAAUUUAAGAGGCAUCUAGCUAGAGUGCCUGAUUACUUGUGGCUGGCAGAAGAUGGAAUGAAGUCACACACAUUCGGUAGUCAGUUAUGGAUCACCGCAUUCGCAACUCAAGCUAUAAUCGCGAGUAACAUGCCUGACGAAUAUGGUGAUUCGCUUAAAAAAGCAAAUUAUUAUCUCAAAGAAUCACAGAUCAAGCAAAAUCCAACUGGAGAUUUCAGUAAAAUGUGUCGACAGUUUAGCAAAGGGGCGUGGACGUUUUCGGAUCAAGAUCAUGGCUGGCCCGUCUCGGAUUGCACCGGAGAGGCACUUAAAUGCUUAUUGUUGCUAUCCCAAAUGCCCGACGAAAUCUCAGGUGAAAACGCCGAUAAGCAGCGAUUAUACGAUGCUGUCAAUUUCCUUCUUUAUGUACAAAGUCCUACGACGGGAGGUUUUGCUGUUUGGGAACCACCAAUCCCACAACCAUAUUUACAGAUGUUAAAUCCGUCGGAAAUGUUUGCUGAUAUCGUCGUUGAACGAGAGCAUGUUGAGUGCACAACUUCUGUGAUGCAAGCUCUCAUCGCAUUUAAAAGGUUGCACCCCGGACAUAGAGAGAAAGAAAUAGACAAUUCGGUCGCUAAAGCAGUGUGUUAUCUAGAGAACACACAAUGGAAAGAUGGUUCAUGGUAUGGCUACUGGGGGAUAUGUUUCAUAUAUGGUACAUUCUUUUCGCUGGGAGGCUUAGAGUCCGCUCGAAAAACAUAUAACAAUUGUAAAGCAGUUCGUAAAGGCGUAAAGUUUUUACUUUCAACCCAAAAUGAAGAAGGUGGGUGGGGAGAGAGCUAUAAAUCAUGUCCUAGUGAAGUAUACACACCUUUACCCGGUAAACGAACCAACAUAGUGCAAACGUCAUGGGCUAUGCUCGGUCUCAUGUCAGCCGGACAGGCUGAAAGAGAUCCGGAACCUUUGCACAAGGCGGCUAAGAUCUUGAUUAACGCACAGAUGGAUAACGGGGAUUUUCCCCAAGAGAACAUGACCGGAGCCUCGAUGAGGAAUUGCAUGCUACACUAUCCAUUAUACAGAAAUAUCUUCCCGUUAUUGGCACUUGCUGAAUAUCACAAACGCUUUUGGACUAAGUAACGACAUACAAUAGAAAGUUCAUGUUGCUUAAAUUAUCAAGUGGAAUAAUGUAUUUUUAUUAUGAAAAUAAGUUGUGAUGGACUUAUUAACUUUUAUCAAA